AGACAGGGACAGGAGGUCCAGCCAGCAUAGAGAACUCUGUCUAUCAUAGAAUUCAGUUCACUGAUGAGCAGGUUUCACAGUGUUACAGAGGACAGCCUCAUAGGCACUGGGCACUCCUGGAUCCAUGGAUGAAGAUGUUGUCCUUAGGAGACGUGGUUACAUCAUGGGAGUAAGUUUGGGAGAAGGCUCAUAUGCCAAAGUCAAAUCUGCUUACUCUGAGCGCCUAAAGAUAAAUGUGGCUAUCAAGAUCAUUGACCGCAAGAAGGUACCCAAUGACUUUCUAGAGAAAUUCCUUCCCCAGGAACUUCGAAUUCUAACUAUUCUAAACCACGGCUCUGUCAUCAAGACCUAUGAAAUCUUUGAGACAAUCCAGGGCAAGAUAUACAUUGUCAUGGAACUUGGGGCCCAGGGUGAUCUCCUUGAAUUCAUCAAAACUCGGGGAGCCCUGCAAGAGGAUGAUGCUCGUAAGAAGUUCCACCAGCUGUCUUCAGCCAUCAAGUACUGUCAUGACCUGGACAUUGUCCACAGAGACCUCAAGUGUGAGAACCUCCUCCUUGACAAGGACUUUAACAUCAAAUUGUCAGACUUUGGUUUCUCCAAGUGCUGCUCACGGGACAACAAUGGUCGAGUAACAUUAAGUAAGACCUUCUGUGGGUCAGCUGCAUAUGCAGCCCCUGAAGUGUUACAAGGAAUCCCCUACCAACCCAAGGUGUAUGACAUCUGGAGUUUGGGUGUGAUCCUCUACAUCAUGGUCUGUGGUUCCAUGCCCUAUGAUGACUCCAACAUCAAGAGAAUGUUGCGUUUCCAGAAGGAGCACCGUGUCAACUUUCCACACUGUAAACACCUGACCAGGGAGUGCAAGGACCUCAUCUACCGCAUACUACAGCCAGAUGUUGACCAACGGUUGCAUAUAGACCAGAUUCUCAGACACUGCUGGCUGCAGCCCAAGAUGCAGGAUCUGUCUUCUGCAGCCACCAGUGAGGGGGAAUGCUCCCAGAGAGCUGAGCCCUCCUGGAUGCCUAAACCAGGUUAUGACAAGAAAUCCACUACAAAGCUGGAGCCUCAGAAAGAGACACCACCCAAAGAACAGUCUGAGACAAAUUUGGAGGAGCAUACCAUGCAAGUGGCCAAGCAAUUGGAUGUCUUGGGCAUCAGCACCCAGUAGGUGUCUGAGAAACCCCAAGCAGUCUCCAGAGAAGCACACCUAGAAAACCUCACAUGUGUGGCCCAGGAAGAGCUGAGAGGCUGAAGCCUGAGCCUGGAAGAAGGCAGUGGAUGAGUCCCAAUUUUUGUCCAUUCCUUCUUCCUUCCUUUAAAUUUGAUAACUCACAUGGCUA